CAUCCAAAACCUACUCCCUCCAAUCUCCUUCAAAACAUAAUCGAACUUCUUUCUUUUUUUUUUCAAACGAAGUUUCAAUUUUUCACAAUUCCUCAAAAUCAUCAAAUCUUGAUAUAAAUUUUCAGUUCAGUUCUUCAAAAUUUGCCAAUUUCCACAAUGAAGUUAGUGAUCUCAGCUUCUCUACUCUCAGCAAUGGUGUUUUACUCUUCUCUACUCCCUUUUCUCCAUUCUUUAAACCUUUACAUCUCUUCAACUAUCCACAAGAACUACAUGUUCUUGCUCUGCAAUGGCCUCCUUGUCUUCAUCGUUCGAAAUUCCGGUCUCAUCGGCAACACCAGCGACGAACGGAGCAGCGGAAACGAAGCUUUAGGGGCUGCAACAAUGGCUGAUGGGAACAGAAAAAUCGAGAGCAAAGUUGAGAUUGAAGAAGAAAGGGGAAAUGGGUUGGUUGUAAAUGAAGACAAAAUUGAAAAUUUGAUCACAGAUAAUGAAGUUGAAGAAGAAAGAUUCAUGUCUUAUGAAGAAGAAGAAGAAGAGGAAAUUGAUGAAGAAGAAGAAGAAGAGGAAAUUGAUGAAGAAGAAGAAGAAGAGGAAAUUGAUGAGGAAUUGAAUAAGAAGUGUGAAGAAUUUAUUAGAAAAAUGAAGGCAGGAAUUAAAUUUGAAUCACAGCAAUUGUUUAUAUUGUAACUUAGAAUUUAUAAAUGAUAAAAAAAAAAAAUCUAACUUUGUAAUUCUCUUUUACUCUGUUUUCCACUCUCUCUUCUGUUGGAUAUAGAAGUAAUUUUUCUUUAAUCCUUCAUUUUGGCAUUGAGAUAUAUUAAUAAAACACAAAUUUUUAUCA